AUGUUCUCCUCAGCAAGAGGCAGAAUUGCCUCCGCCGCCAUCUCGGCAUCCCGCUCGUCGGCACGAGUUCCCUCCCGAGCCGCCUAUUCCAUCACCACCCCUCGCUGGUCCGACAACGCCUCUAUCCCGGCCAACGACCCGACACCCAAGAAGUCCGUCCCCAAUGUCUCCGCGACCAAUGCCGUCCCCGUCGACUCGAUGGGUGCUUUUGACGCAAAACUCGUCGAGAAGCCUGUUGAGGGAGAACAGAACCGCCAGAUGCAGGCUCCCAAUCGUGCGUCGACCUGGGCUCAGAGCCAGGAACCACGAGCGGAGGCUAUGACUGGUCCGCGGUUUGAGCAGACUAUUUUCGAGCUUCAGCCUCAACCAUAUGCCGCCAUUGAGCUGAUUCACAAACAACCCGUGCGAUGGACAAAGGAGCGAGUCGUCUCCUGCGAUGGCGGCGGUGGCCCUCUCGGUCACCCUCGAGUCUUUAUCAACACUGACAAGCCCGAAAUCGCUACAUGCGGAUACUGCGGACUUCCUUUUGCCCACGAGAAAAACAAAGCAUACCUCAAAUCCCUCCCCAGCACAUCCUACCCUCUCGAGCCAACCGGAAACCCCGCUGAGGUUGAGGAGGCUCAACGAAUUACCGAGGGAGGCUAUGAACAGCGAUAG